AUGGGGCACGAGAUGGUGGCAUCCAACGGCAAAGGCAACGGCGCCGGCCGGAGGACGACGAAGCCGCACGCCGUGGUCAUCGCGUACCCGUACCAGGGCCACGUCAUCCCCGCGGCGCACCUCGCGCUGCGGCUCGCCGCGCGCGGCUUCGCCGUCACCUUCGUCAACACCGAGUCCGUGCACGAGCAGACCGCGCGCGCCCUCGGCGUCGACCGCCACCGCUACGACAUCUUCGCCGGCGCGCGCGCCUCCUCCGAGGGGAAGGAGCCGCUGGACGUGCGGUACGAGCUGCUCAGCGACGGCUUCCCGCUGGGCUUCGACCGCUCGCUCAACCACGACCAGUUCAAGGAGGGCGAGCUGCACGUGCUCGCCGCGCACGUCGAGGACCUGCUCCGCCGCGUCGUCGUCGACCCGGCCUCCACAUGCCUCGUCGCCGACACCUUCUUCGUAUGGCCGGCGACCCUGGCCAAGAAGUUCGGCGUGCCCUACGUGUCCUUCUGGACCGAGCCGGCCCUCAUCUUCAACCUCUACUACCACAUGGACCUGCUCGCCGAACACGGCCACUUCAACUCCGCCAAGGGCCCGCCGCGGAAGGACACCAUCACGUACGUCCCCGGCGUGCCGGCGAUCGAGCCGCACGAGCUCAUGUCCUACCUGCAGGACACGGACGCCACCAGCGUCGUGCACCGCAUCAUCUUCAAGGCCUUCGACGAGGCCCGGCGCGCCGACUACGUGCUCUGCAACACCGUCGAGGAGCUCGAGCCGUCCACCGUCGCCGCGCUGCGCGCUGAGAAGCCCUUCUACGCCGUCGGCCCCAUCGGCUUCCCCCGCGGCGGCGCCGGCGGCGGCGGCGUCGCCACCUCCAUGUGGGCCGAGUCCGACUGCUCCCAGUGGCUGGACGCGCAGCCGCCGGGCUCCGUGCUCUACGUCUCCUUCGGCAGCUACGCGCACGUCACCCGGCAGGAGCUGCACGACAUCGCCGCCGGGGUCCUCGCCAGCGGCGCAAGGUUCCUGUGGGCAAUGCGCCCGGACAUCGUCAGCUCCGACGACCCGGACCCGCUGCCCGAGGGCUUCGCGGCGGCCUCUGCCGGCCGCGGCCUCGUCGUGCCCUGGUGCUGCCAGGUGGAGGUGCUCGCCCACGCCGCGCUGGCCGGCUUCCUCACGCACUGCGGCUGGAACUCCGUCCUCGAGAGCGUGUGGGCCGGCGUGCCCAUGCUCUGCUUCCCGCUGCUCACCGACCAGUUCACCAACCGCCGGCUCGUCGUGCGCGAGUGGCGCGUCGGCGUGCCCAUCGGCGACCGCGGCAAGGUGUUCCCCGACGAGGUGAGCGCCAGGAUCCAGGGCGUCAUAUCCGGCCAAGAGGGCCAGCAGCUCCGCCAGGCGCUCAAGAAGGUGACGGCCAAGCUCAAGGCCGCCGCGGCGCCCGGCGGGUCGUCGCAGAGGAGCUUCGACGACUUCGUCGACGAGCUCACCCAGCGUUGCGGCGGCGGCGGACGCACAUUGAUGACCUAA